CUCUCUUAGGCAAGCAAAGCUAACUGUGUCACACUAUAAAAGGCCCUCACCAACCCAGCCCUUCUUCUCCAGAACAGCAAGAGCAAACCAAGCUCAGCUACCCUACCACUCACAAGCAUUAGCAAAGAAGAGAGUAAGUCAACAGCAAGAUGUACCACCAUUUCCAUGGCGAGGUGGCCAGCCUCCGCUUCCUCUCCCCUCCGAGCCCUUCCUUCGCCGCGCACCACCACAUGAACAUGGCCUUGCCGCCUCAGGCCUACUUCCCGCCAUCCUUCGAACCGACGUCGGCUUUCCAAGAAGCUGCAGCUGGUGCUGCUCUGCUCGGUGGAGACGGCGGCGACGUGGCUAGUUUUGAUCUUGACACCGUCGUCCGGGAAGCGGCUCACCUCGUUGGCUGCAAUGGCUCGCCCAGCUCGGGCUCGGGUUCGGAGGGCGGGGGCAGCGCCUACCAGUGCCAGGUGAGCGCCGCGGCGGCGGCGGCAGAGGAGGAGCGGCGGCGGCGGCGGAUGGUGUCGAACCGGGAGUCGGCGCGGCGGUCGCGCAUGCGCAAGCAGCGGCAGCUCAGCGAGCUGUGGGCGCAGGUCUCGCACCUCCGCGGCGCCAACCGCCGCCUCCUCGACGAGCUCAACCGCGCGCUGAGGGACUGCGCCGACGCCCGCCGCGAGGGCGCGCGGCUCAGGGACGAGAAGGCCGAGCUGGCCAAGAAGCUCGAGCAGCUGCUGCAAGCGGCUGCUCCAGCGGAGAAGAGCGCCGCAGCCUCCUCGAGCAAUCGCAGUUGCUCAUCGGAGCCAUGCAAGAACUCCAGCACCACUACUGCCGAAUGAAUAUAUAUUAUCCGACCCAAUUUUUACUUGAGAGGAUAAUUAUAUAUCAAUAAGAACAUGUAUGAUUAAUCAAGGAUAAUUAAAUGGAGAUUAAGGCAUGCAUGCUCCCCGCGAUCGAUUCA